CACAGGUCAGAACGCGCUGGUUUAUUCAAGUCAUUCAAAUGAAGCGUCCUCCUCCUGCUCUCCUGAUCUGCUCCCCCUCGCUCCUGCUGAGGAAAGCAGACACUGGCCCUACACUUCACUCCUCCCCUCCUCCGUCCUCCGCGGAGCCGGAGCGUUCUUCCCUCUUUAAACCAUGGUCUGGCUCCCAGUGCUGCUCGGUGCAUGUUUCCCUUCGUGAGGGCAGAUUUCUGAGCUUGUUUCAUGACAUGACACAGUGCAACGCAGGAUCCAAGUGGUCGCUCCUAACGCCACUGGAACUCCUCCGUCCAGGACUCUUCCACAGUGCUUAGAGAGUUUGGCUAUAUGAAAUAUGCAAUGUUCUCAGGAGUGCCCGGUUCUCUUUUUGCUACACUUUGUUUUCACUCUGGCAGCCGGCCACGAAGAGCUGUUCGACUCCGGCAGACUCCUCUCUCUUUUUACAGAGCAAGGUCACUCAUCCCUGUCAGGGUCAGACCUGUCCAUCGUCCACCCAGUGAAAUCCACUGCUGAUGGAGCCUUCGUCUCUCACUCACUGUCCCACCACUUCAAUGCUGGGCGAGUCAGACGUGACCUACAACCUGAAGCUUCCAAAGGGCCGGUUUACUACAAGGUCAACUACAAGGGUCAAGCUUUACUGUUCAAUUUGACUGCAAACAAUCACCUGGUUUCAAGUGACUACGUCCUGGAGAGGAGGAGCGGCAGCGCCAACAGGACUGAGCAGCAUCGCCUGCAAGGGGGGAACUCCUGCCACCUGCUUGGCACAGUGGAGGUGUCUGGCAAGAGAGGAACUGCUGCCAUCAGCACAUGUAAAGGCCUGAGAGGCUUCUUCUCCCUUCCAGAGGGACACUAUUUUAUUGAACCUGUCCAGAAAUCUGCUAAUGAGCCAGCAGAGACUCCAGAGCCCCAUGUUAUCUAUCCAAGAGUUACAGAAAGUCAAAGAAAAAAACGCAGUCUGCAGUCCAAAAAGACUCCCAGCCCCUGUGGAGUUCAAGAUGCUCCAAGUGACUCUGUGCAGGUGGAGAGGGAGAGGGAGGAGUGGGAGAGAGAGCAGCAGAGGGGGGAGUCGCGCUCACAGCGCUCGGUCAGCAGGGAGCGCUGGGUGGAAACCAUGGUGGUGGCUGACUCCAAACUCAUAGAAUAUCAUGGCAGCGAUAAUGUGGAGUCUUACAUCUUUACCAUCAUGAAUAUGGUGGCUGGGAUCUUUCAUGAUGCCAGUAUUGGGAAUGCAAUCCAUGUCAUCUUGGUUCGACUCAUUCUGCUGCAGGGAGAUGAGAAAGGGUUGAAGAUAAUUCACCAUGCAGACUCCACUUUGUCCAGUUUCUGUGCCUGGCAGAAAAACCUGAACCCUCAGAGUGACACACACCCGGCUCAUCAUGAUGUGGCUGUGUUGAUCACCAGGAAAGACAUCUGUGCUGGCAGCAACCAGCCCUGUGAGACCCUGGGUCUGUCUCAUCUGUCUGGGAUGUGUCAACCUCACCGCAGCUGCAACAUCAAUGAGGACUCAGGUCUACCUGUCGCCUUCACCGUCGCUCAUGAAAUGGGCCACAGUUUUGGUAUUCAUCAUGACGGCCAGGGGAAUGACUGUGAACUGGAGGGAAAGCACCCGUUCAUCAUGUCCCGACAGCUGAUGUAUGACAGCUCCCCUCUUACUUGGUCUUCCUGCUCCAAAGAAUACAUCACACGCUUCCUCGAUCGUGGCUGGGGUUUCUGUCUUGAUGACCGUCCUUCCAAGAGGGACCUGACCACCCCACUGGCUCGCCUCGGUGUCCGCUACACCACACACCACCAGUGCCAGCUCCAGUACGGCCCAAACGCGACUUUCUGCCAUGAGGUUGAUAAUGUUUGCCAGAUUCUUUGGUGCUCAGUGAACGGCUCCUGUCGAUCCAAACUGGACUCGCCCAUAGACGGCACUCGCUGUGGACCAGAGAAGUGGUGUAUCAGUGGAGAGUGUGUGAUUGUGGGUAAACUACCAGAGACGGUAAAUGGAGCCUGGGGACAGUGGAGCACCUGGUCUUACUGCUCCAGGACCUGUGGAACUGGAGUCCAGUCAGCAGAGAGAGAAUGUAACAAUCCUAAACCAGAGUUCGGGGGAAAAUACUGCACAGGAGAAAGAAAGCGUUAUCGGACAUGCAACACCAGACCCUGUCAGAUUAACACACCAACCUUUCGAGAGAUGCUGUGCAGUGAGUUUGACACCGUGCCCUACCAGAACGAGCUCUAUAAGUGGAUUCCUGUGGCUAACCCAUUACAACCCUGUGAGCUGCACUGCCGCCCGGUCAAAGAGUACUUUUCUGAGAAGAUGCUGGACACUGUGACAGACGGGACGCCCUGCUUCAUGAACAACAAGUCCAGAAACAUCUGCGUCAAUGGAGUGUGCAAGGAGGUCGGCUGUGACUACGGCAUUGACUCAAACGCAGUGGAGGACCGGUGUGGAGUCUGUUUGGGCGACGGCACAAGCUGUGAGACGGUCCGCAAGUCGUUUGAUGACGGGCAAGGCUUUGGGUACGUGGAUGUGGGUGUGAUACCUGCGGGGGCGCGGGACAUCCUGGUGAAGGAAGUAGAGGAGGCAGGUAACUUCCUGGCUCUGAAGAGCAGGGAGUCCGAGGAGGAGUACUUCCUCAAUGGUAACUUCAUUAUCCAGUGGAAUGGGGAAUAUGAGGCUGGGGGGACCACGUUCUUCUAUGAACGUAGCGGGAACAUGGAGAACCUCACUGCUCCUGGACCCACCAAAGAGCCCGUCAUGCUGCAGUUGCUGUUUCAGGAGAAGAACCCAGGAAUAAAGUACGAAUACAUUAUAAGAAAAACCAAAGGAACAGGAAAUGAGGUCAUUGAGCCUAUUUACAGGUGGAGACAUGGGGCAUGGACCGACUGCAGCACCACCUGUGGUUUAGGUGAGCAGCACCAGCCUGCACUGUGUUUUGAGAUGGAUAUGGGCGUAGUGGAUGAGUCUCUGUGUGACCCAGAAACCCAUCCAGAAGAUAGACACAGAAAAUGCAAGACUGUGGAUUGUCCUGCAAGGUGGUGGGUGGGUGGCUGGCAGCAGUGUACAGCUACAUGUGGAUCAGAUGGGAUACGAAAGAGAACGGUGCUCUGUGUUCGCACAGUGUCAGGGGAAGAAAGGGUGCUGCACCCAGUUGAGUGUAAACAUCUCCUCAAACCCAAACCUGUUGUUCCAUGCAACAGGGAUGUGCCCUGUGGACUGGACUGGGCUGUUGGCAACUGGGAAGAGUGCCCGGUCACAUGUGGAGGAGCCGUUCGCUCACGUUCUGUCACCUGUGCACUAGCACCCAAGAAGAGCUGCGACCUCUCAACCAAACCUCGGUCCAGAUCGCUCUGUGCCCUGCAGAGCUGCCCUAACUCAGGUCUCCGUAGACGACCCGGGCCUGCUCCGAAAUAUCGUCGCAUUUACCCACCUAAGAGCCACCCCACCAAGCUUCCUGCUGACACCACCCGGGUGAGCACCACGACCACAACUGCACCCGCAGCUGCUGUCACGGUGAGGAAGAAAACAACCACUAAAGAAACUACAACUGCCUUCAUCCCAACCAUCACAUCCCUUUCAACCACUCCAACAGCAAUCCCUGAAAUCAUAGAUGCAGAUGAUUAUGAGUUUGAAGAUAAAGUGAGGAAAAAUGAGGACAAGAAGGAGAAAACCAAUUCAGCAGAAAAGGACAGAAAGAUAACUCGAGUAGGACAAGGAAGGGAGGAGGAGAAUGAGGAAGGAGAGGAGGGAAGUACACCAAAUGUGGUGAUGUCCACUCCAGGAUAUGACUAUGUUGUGGGGGAGAGUACAACAGAAGAGGAGGGGAUUAUCAACCUAGAUGUUACCACGUCCAAAUCACUCAAAAAUCCGCUUAAAUCAACCACACCAAGGCCACAUUUACUCAUUACACCCACUGUACAAACAAGUCCACCUACAACACACACGACCAAAGCAGCCACAACUACCACCAGGACCUCCUCUACCCCACACACCAGCACUGAAACAUGGGCCAAGACCACUCACCACACCACCCCACGGGUCAAUCCAUUCAAACACUGGACUCACAGGGUUCCCCUCACCACACCUGUGUCCAAGGCCUCCAACAUAACACAAGCUCCUUCCACCACUACAAGUAAACCAUUCACUACUGCAGCUCCACCCAAGUCCACAAUGAAGAUUAUCAAACUGAAGAAGCCUGCUGUGACACCCAAGAAAAACAGUCCCACCACUCGUGCUAAAAAGCCCUCUCCUUGGCCUAAAGGAGGACGCUCCAAGAUCAACAACGAGCGGCAGCAAAGUCCCAAGGACCAAAGCAAACUGUCAGCUGGAGAGACAGUCAGCAGGGAUGUAUUCUGGGCUGUUGGGAACUGGAGUGAGUGCUCAACAACAUGUGGUAUUGGAGCGAUAUGGAGGACGGUCAUGUGCAGCUCUCAGAAUGAUGAUGACUGUGCCAACAUGAAGAGACCUGAGCCUGCUCGCACAUGUCACCUGCAGCCCUGUGCCACCUGGCAGAGUGGCAGCUGGAGCAAAUGUCCAGAUAGCUGUGCGGUCAUGGGGAGGAGGUACCGUGAGGUUCAGUGUAUCGACUCUCAGAGUAAACGUCCUCUCAGACCUUUCCACUGCCAGGCUGUAUCCAGCAGGCCCAUCAGCACCCUGACCUGUCCACACAAGCCCUGUAUGAGCUGGAGUACCUCACCAUGGGGACCGUGCUCUGGCAGCUGUGGUGAAGGCAUCCGAGAGCGGCUGGUGUACUGUCCUGAGCCUCAUCGCUGCAGCUCUACACUGAAGCCAAACAGCACGCAGGCCUGUAGUCUAAAGCCUUGCACUCAGUGGAAGGCCAAGGACUGGGAGGAGUGCUCUGUGAGUUGUGGUGGGGGUCAGCAGCAGCGUGAAGUUGGCUGUGUGAGUGAGCUGGAUUUGGCUGUAAUGCCUAACAACCUCUGUGAGAAGAUUUCCAAACCAGAAACAUUAAGAAAGUGCAAUAUGCAGGAAUGCAAGACUUACACAGAUGCAGCCUGCAGGAAGAACACCAUGUCAUCUCGCUUCUGUGACAAACUGAAGCUGUUGGGUCGCUGCUCCCUCAGGUCGGUCCAAAGACAGUGUUGUGUCACCUGUGGAUCAUAACCAGGAUUACACAUCUACUUACUGUAUAACACAAUGGACACCUUCUAAUCACAGUUAUACUUACUUUACUGUAUCCUCAUGGAACACAGGUAAACAUUCAGAAAUGCCAUCCACAGACUAACACGUCCAAACCAAAGUCCGAACAGACACAGCAAUACAACAAUCACAAAGGAACAUGGGUCGAUAUGGUCAAGUUUUUAAAGAUAUUUUUGUUUUUUACCUACAACUCCAAUUUGCAAAAAGUUGUGAGUCUGUGUGAAAUGAUGAUAAAAACUGAUUUUGGUGGUUUUUAAAUCUUUUUUUUGUUUUAAUUGAAAAUAGUGCAAAGACAUGUCAAAUGUUGAAUUAAAAAUAUACGGCCAUUUUAAAUUUAAUGCCAGCAACACGUUUAAAAAACUUCAGACAGGGAAAACAAAACACUGAAAGAAUUUGUGUUAUGCACAAAAAAACUUCAACUUAACUAUGUUAAUUUGCAAAAAGUUAAUAACAUGACUUGAUAUGAUAAGGACACUCCAGAGAGGCCGAUUCUCUCAAAAGUACAGAUAGGAAGGGGUUCACCACUCAGUGAGAGGCUGGGUGGGGAAACAGUUCAGCAAUGUCAGAAUAAUGUUCCUCAGGCUGGAAUUGCAAAUACUUUGGGGAUUUUACCUUCUACAGUUAAUAAUAUCAUUAAAAGAUUCAGAAAAGCCAAAUAAAUCUCUGAACAUAAGGGUCAAGGCCAAAAAACAAUAAUGUGCUGUUAUCUUCGGGCCCUCAGGUGGUAUUGCAUUAAAAACAGACAUGACUCUGUAGUGGAAGUCACUGUGCGGCCUCAAAAUCACUGCUGCUCCAGGGAGGGGAGAGACCAACUGGCUUGUGAUCAGCUUACAGUUCAAAAGUCAGCAUCCUUGAUGGGAUGUAUAAGUGCCUGUGGCGGAUAGCUUACACAUCUGGGAAGAUAUCAUUAAUACUCCAUGGUUAACAUGUUCCUGUCUGUGAAGGUUCUCAGUCAUCAAGGUCAUGACAAUUCAAAGCUUCAAAGCUUGAUGGAAAAAGCAGCUGAAUAUUUCACCACUCCUCUCAAAGGCUUCUUCACAGAAGCCUUUAAAUGCUCCUGCCCUACCUUUCUUGAAACCUGAUAGCAUCAAAUUCAAAUAAACAAUCAACAAUAAAAAGUUUCCACAUUUGAUAUUUUGUCUUUGCACUAUUUUCAAUUUAACAACAUGAUUUGAAAACCAUCAAAUUCUGUUUUUAUUCAUAUUUUACACAGCAUCACAACUUUUGGGGAAUCGAGGUUGUAUUUGGAUCUUUGUUUAUUUUUUUGUAAUUUAAAAAGUUGUUCAAAUAUCCAGCCAAAUCCUUUAAUAUGAACGCUUAUUAUGACAGUUUAACAUUUUAAUAUCUAAAUUUUCAAAGAUCCAUAUUGAUAGAGGUUGCCCAUCCCACUUUUUUUUUUUAUAGUUUUUAAACUAAAAAUGUCAUAGCAUUUUUUCAAUGCAAGUUUUCAAUGCCUACCAAGUUUUGUAAAAUCUUCCAAAACAUGAAUAUGAUUAAAACAGUUGUAAAAUAAAAUUAAAAAAGGGGAAAAACAUACUAAAAAACACUAUAAAAGUGUAUUUACUUAUUCCAAAGCUUAUUCAGAACCAAAAUGUAUAACAAGAUACAAAUCUUAACUUGAUUUCUAAAAAAAAAAAUGUGGUAAUGACCAUGAAAACAUCCGGUACACAUCUCUCUGGGCCAAAGGUGCUUUUAUAAUACAAGAGCUGAGCAUUUACAGCUCCACUGUUGAAUGACUUGUGAUAUUUUAUUUCAAAGUGAAUAAUAAAACCAGAAUGUAAAUAGAGUUUUACUAUCUCUUUAUAAUGAAUUGUUAAUAGAGCUGAUAAUCGAUGUUUUUUAUUCGUAUGGUUUUCUUUUUCUGCCUGAACUGUUCUGUUCUCAGAGCUGGCGCUGUGUUUACGUUGUUCUUGGUACAAACUCCUGCUUUUUUUUCUUCCUAUUAAAAAACUGUCAGUGAUAAAGAAAUCAGCUGCAGAACCUGCACAGCUCUGCAGUGGAACCUGUGGUGCUCCUCCUCUUGUGUGUGAUUGACUAAUGAGAAAGAGGCGUUGCAGGUCAUCCCUCUCAGGCCGCUCCAAAGAUGGCCACUGUGUUUGUAUGAUGUUUUGCAAGUUUUACCAAUUUCAUAAAAGUGGUACAUCACCUUGACUGAUUAUGAUUUCACAUCUCUGUUAAAAAUAUUAUAAGAUAAAAUAUUUGUCAUAAACUGAGACAUGAAAUAAAGUCUUAAUUUGUUUUUUUAUUUA